CCACAUACCUCCAUCCCAGACACCCCCAACACUCUCUCUUCAUCCCCAACGACGACAUCGACGACGACCCACCGCUUUCCUUGUUUCUGAACGCCCACCAUGCCCACCCCGAGCGAGCAGACCGCCGCCGACCUCGUCGAGGCCACAGCCGGCUUCGACAAGAUAUUCUCCAAUGACCUCGUCGGCGCACGAGAACUCUUUGAGGCUAGAGACUCCCCAUUCCAUGCUCUCGGUCUUGGUGUGUGCGCCUUUUUAGAGGCAGCUCUCGGCAUGGAGUCUAACCUCAUGGCGGAGGCCACAAGAUUGUUGACUCUGGCGGAAGCGGGCGCAAGGAAACAGGCAAAAUCUAGCAAAUCGCUAAAGCAGACCGGCAGAUAUCCACCUGGGACCGAGUACGAGCUCGUUACCGCCUGUGCUACCAUCCUGCUCGGAUUGACGAACGCCUUGAGCGAGUCGUACAUGGGUUAUCUUCAGUGCUUAUAUGCAAUAAACAGUGCCCACGGAAAAUUCGCGAAGCUCUACAAAAUAGUAUUCCCACACGGAAUAGACGCCUACUCGCCCUCGCAGUUUCCCACUCCCUCAUCCUCCAUCUCCUCUCUCGCACCUUCUCCAUCCGCCUCCCCAUCUUCCAACAACUCGCAACUCUCCCUCCCAAACUACGAAAACACGAACAACUCUUCCCUUUCCGUCAAUUCCGCAAAGAAACACGGACAUGCCGUGACGACUCCGAGCACGCCGACAGCGAAGGGUUUCCUUGGACGAUGGGGUUUGAGCAGAUCGACUACGCCCGUCGCGGCUUCUGCGCCUGUGAGUGGGUCAGCGACGCCGACGGGGAACGGGAAUGCAUUGGAUGGGCUGGAAGAGGGUCCUGUGGAAGAAUUGAUUGUUAGUGGGACUGCGUUUGGUUACGGAGUGUUUAACCUUGUGUUAUCACUGUUGCCUGCGAAGGUCAAGAGCGUUGUCGGUUUCUUCGGCUUCAACCAUGACCGUAAGCUCGCGCUUCGUUGUUUGUCGGUCAGCGCGGCGAAGAAGGAUGUCACUGCUGUUUUCUCUGGGCUGACGCUCAUGUCGUACUAUGGCGUUGUGCUCCUUAUGUCUGGUUAUCAGGCGAACGAGAAGUGGAUCAUGGAACAAUACGAGAUUAUCGUGGAUAAGCUCGAGAGGAGAUAUCCUACUGGAACGUUGUGGAUUCUGAACCGGGCUAAGAUCCUGCGGAUGGGUUACGACGCUCUUGGCGCUAUCAAGGUUCUCAGAGAUGGCUUGAGCCCCGAGAGACCGCACACGUUCGUGCAGGCUGAUGCGUUGUUGGUAUUCGAGCUUGCGUGGACAUUACUAGCGCAGAGGGAGUACGGGGAGGCGGCGCCGAUGUUCUUGAAGAUGACGGAGUUGAAUUCUUGGAGUCACGGAACGUACUACUUCAUUGCCGCUGGAUGUCAAUGGUCGCUCGGCCAGUACGACGAAGCCCAAAAGUUGCUGGACGCGAUCACGGGACUACUCGACAAGAAGAAGAUUGGAGGGAAGGAUCUGCCGACGGAAGUGCUCAUCAAGAAGAAGUUGGCGUUUUAUAAGGCAAAGCAGGUGCGGUUGACAGGGAGUGAGAAGGGCUAUGUGGAGGCGAUCACGAUCAGUCCUGCUGAAGAAUUGGGAAUCUUCUGGAACUCUCACGCACGAAUCAGCAAGCCUAUCGUGGAGGCCCACAUCCGGGAAUGGAUGAUGCUCGAACCCCCGGUCGAGAUCUCGACACCUUACUCCGAUCCGGCAUUCCUCUCCGCCUCGCCGUCAAUACCUGAAUCAAUCUCGACAGCGUCGGAACCAUCAUCAUCGUCCGAAGCUGAACCAUCGUCACCGACCACGCCCACCGCCACGACACCCACGCUCACCUCCACGACGCCCACGCUCACCUCCACGACACCCACGCUCCCCUCCGCCGAACCAUCUACAAUCACAGCCACUUCCUCAUCCGCCACCUCCACGAGAACGACCUCAUCUGCUCCAGCACCGUCUCACAAGACCGCCAAACUCGACACGCCAGACGAACUCGCGCUGCGUUCGCUCCUGCUCGGUAUCGCGCACCGCACCGCGGGUGCCUAUGGCCCCGCCCGUCAGUUCCUCCUCGAUGCGCAUAAGAGGCAGGGACAGAUCGGGACGAGCACGUGGAUCGGGGGCGUCGCGAUGUUUGAGAUGGCGGUGUUGGAGUUGAAGGAGGCGGAGGUGGAGAGUGGGGAGAGGGUAUUGGAUCCGGCGGGGUGGGUCGCGGAGAAUGCGCUGGGGCAGCCUGAUAUUGUGGAGACUGCGGAGCCGGAUAGUAUUAGUGUUAGUAGUAGGAGUAGUGAGGCAUCAGGGUUGGGAAUGGGAUUGGGACUUACGACGGGAGUGAAGGAGGCGAGGGCGAAGAGGGUGAGAGAGGCGAGUGUGGCUAGUGGGGUUACGGAGAGCGAGGAGGGGAAGAAGGUGUGGAGGAGGAGGAUCGAGGAGGCGGGGAAAAUGUUGGAUGCGGCGAUGGGGCUGGCGGGAAGCGAGAUUGAUUUGAGUACGAGGUUGGAUAGUAGGAUCGUGAUGCUGAGGGAUGAGAUUAGGGCGAAGAAGGAGGCGUUGGGGAUUUAGAACGAAGGGGGGAGGAAUAGACUUUCAUAGAGUAAAUACAUUAUAUUCGGAUACUUAUUUACACAACACACGCAACAUCGAUCGCACUCGCACCACAGCACGUCUCAAUACAGCCGCUUUGUUCCCUCUGCAUACUUCGUGCAACGCAUACACCUGACGAUCUCAGCAAUAGCAUUAUCGGCGCAUCGUCCCGCUCUCUCUGCAAAGCAAUAUUCCGCUUUCUCUGGUUUCUUGCGGCUCUACGGUCCCUUUUCGUGUUUCCGUCCAGACGUUUUUCUAUAUAUUCGUUCGUGUCCGAGUCUCGUCUUCUGAUUCCGGUUCUGUGGCAUACGGUUCACUUUCGACCUUGUGUCUUGCUCAUUCUGUCUUCUAUCUUUGUCUUGGCUCCCGAUGUUGCGCAACAGGGCACGUACCGUAAUCCUUAUAACCAUCAUCUCGUUUGUGAA